CAGUGUGGGGAAAAAAAUCACAUUUGAUAUAAAAAGUUAGGGCAAUCAUGCUUCUUUUCUGCUUUUUUCUUUAUUAGUUUUUGAUCUUUAUUUCACACAUGGGAGCUAAAAUCUUCUCGAACGUUUACGCAAUUGGCGCUUUUGCUGCCAUUGCAGGUAUUAUGUUCGGUUUCGAUAUCGGUAGUAAUUCAGGUGUUAUUGGUACAGAUCAAUACCAAAUUUUUUUCGAGAAACCUAGCGCCUUGUUACAAGGUGGUAUCAAUGGUGCCCUUUCAGCUGGUUGUUUCGUAGGUGCUCUCGGUUCUGGUUAUCCCGCAGAUAGAUUUUCCAGAAAGUAUACUCUUAUUGCUGCUUCUGCUCUCUUCAUUGUCGGAUCUAUUUUCCAAGCCGCUUGUAAUGGUGUUGCUAUGCUUUGUGUUGGUCGUGUCUUGAACGGUAUUUCUGUUGGUGUCACUUCCAUGGUUGUCCCUCUUUAUCAAUCUGAGAUUGCUCCCAAGGAAAUUCGUGGCCGUAUCGUCGCUGUUCAACAAUGGAGUAUUACUUGGGGUAUCAUGAUCUCUUUCUGGAUUCAAUAUGGUUGUCAAUAUUUUAACAACACUGCUGCUUUCCGUGUCCCUUGGGGUAUCCAAGGUGUACCUGCUGUCAUCCUUUGUGCUGGUAUGUGGGCAUUCCCAUUCUCUCCCAGAUGGCUCGCUGAUCAAGGUCGUAUGGAAGAAGCUUUCCAAGUUCUUGCUGACAUUCAUGGUAACGGUGACCGUACUCAUCCUCGUGUCAUCGUUGAAAUGGAAGAAAUCUCUGCAACCAUUCACUUUGAUAAGGAAAUUGCUUCUCAUCGUUAUUCUGAUUUAUUAAAGCCUGGUAUGGCUUACCGUGUCUUCCUUGGUGUUGCUCUCCAAGUCUGGCAACAAUUGACUGGUAUGAACAUUAUCAUGUUCUACGUUGUCUUUUUAUUCCAACAAGCUGGUAUUGGUAGUGAUCAAGAAGCUCAGCUUGUUUCAUCCGGUAUCUCUUAUGUUGUUAACGUUGUCAUGACUGUCCCUGCUAUUCUUUAUGUCGACAAGUGGGGUCGUCGUCCUACUUUGAUUAUCGGUGCUCUUGCUAUGUCUAUCUUCCUUUGGAUUGUCGGUGGUAUCUUGGCCACUGGUACUUGGUCUAUUGGUCCCAAAGACAAGUAUAUCGUUGAACUUGACAACAAACACAAGGCCAACGCUGUUGUUGCAUGUAUCUACUUAUUUGUUGCUUCUUUUGCUACUUCUUGGGGUCCUCUCGGUUGGAUCUAUCCCGCUGAAAUUUACCCUCUCCGUGUUCGUGCCAUGGCUGUUUCCUUGUCCACUGCUUCUAACUGGCUUUUCAACUGGAUUUUGAACUUUGUCGUCCCCAUGUUGAUGGAGGAAAUCCAUUACGGUUUGUAUCUCUUGUUUGCCGCCUUCAAUUUCUUGAUGUGUGUUCAUGUCUUCUUUGCCUACCCCGAAACCAAGGGUUACACCCUCGAAGAAAUGGAUGUUAUUUUCGAAUACAAUCCUCGUAAGGCUAUUCCUCGUGAUGUUAUGGACCAACGCUUGGAAGAAAGAGGUAUUCGUCGUAACGAAGAAAAGAAGGCCUAUGAAGCUCGUCAAGCUGGUAGCGUGGACGAAAAGUCUGGCCACGAAGAAAACGUCUAAAUGUGUUUUCCCUCAUAUCUAAUAACAACUAUUUGAAAUGGUUUUAUCUCUUCUUUUUUUUUUUUAAUAUUCCUUAUACACAUACUUAUUUUAAUCUUUUAACUUUUUUUACAUUAAACUGUUUUUUUUUACCUAC